AUGGCGGUGUGUGAGGGGUCGUUGGGCAACGGGUGGCCGGAGGCUGAGGGCAGCCAGGGGGACCCCGGCGCCAUGUCUGGGUGCAGCUUCCCCAACCGCUCACAGGACAUCUCCCACUUGUUGGCCAGCACCUUUAAGGACCUGUACACUGGAGAUGUUAUAGGGGCAGACAUAGUGGCAAACUGGAUCAAGUCCCAAGGAGGAGAGGAUGUUUAUCAUGAGGCUUUCACAGAGGAGCUACAGAAGCUUUUAGCAGAGUAUAAUUGCCGACUGACAGAAGCUGAUAGAGUAGAAGAGAACAUCAUUCAAGCCCAGGCUCGAGCAAGAGCUGAAGAAGAAAGGGCCCUAAAUGUGCUGAAGGCAGCUGCUGGGGAAGAAUUCCACAAAAUGGGAUUACCACCAGUGGCAUCCUCUUUUAGGUGGAUUGUAGAUAAUGAACUUCUUAGAAAAAAUCAUUUAACCUGCCCUGAUGAUUACAUCACUGAUAAAUUACCUGUUACUAGAGCACCAAAAGGGAAACCAGAACCUGGCUACAUCAAGGAGACAUUUAGUUUUAAACAGCGAAUUUCUUCAGACUUGCAGGACCAAAUGACUACACGAAUUGCACACCUCCAGAAAAUAUCUGGUAGCCUGUCAAAUGUGUCUUUAUCCACAUUAACUCUACCUUCAACUCCAGACUCUAGCCACCAGACCAAAAAGACAAGUAAGAAAUCUAAUGCCUCACAGGAGGUGGCCUGGAAAGGCAGUAAGUGCAAAGCAGAGAGAGAAAGAGAAUGUGCUUAUCUUGCCACACUUGAGAAAAGACAGAACUAUCUGAAGAACCCUCGCUUUUUCCCACCAAAUACUCUUCAUGGAGGCAAAUCCCUUGUCAUUUCUCAAGAAAAGAUGGAAAAAAUCAUAGCAGAAGCUAAUAAAGGUGAUACCUCUUUUGUUCCUGUGUUUCAUGUCAAUCCACCUAUUGUUUUAUUUUCUGAUUAUGACGUUGGCCAGGUUUAUGAGAUGACUGUAGAGAUACAGAACGUCACUUCAACGUGUCACCAUGUAAGACUUAUUCCUCCCUCUACUUCAGCAUUUGCCAUUGGACCAGGAAAAUUUCCAGGAAAGGGAGGAAUGAUUGCUCCUGGAAUGUCAUGCCAGUAUGUAGUCCAAUUUAUUCCUGAAUAUCUAGCAGAUUAUGAAGAUUAUAUAUUAGUGGAGACUCAAGUAUCAGAACCUCUUUUGAUCCAGAUCCAAGCAAAAAGACCAGCUCCAGUGCUAACAUUGCCUCGUGUUAUAGACUGUGGUUCUUGCCUUGUUGGAGGAAUAAAAGUAACACUGAUUUUGUGCAGAAAUGAGGGAUUUAGCACUGGGAAGUUCUGUAUAAUGCCAAAAAAAGCCUGGCCACCUCCUAAUUUCAGGGCUGUUGCCACUGUUGGUUUUGUGACGCAAGAUCCGUUUGGGAUCUAUCCUGCUGUUUUUGAGCUAGCUCCAGGGCAGAGUACAACAGUAGAGGUAGUGUUUUUCCCUUCUUCUCCAGAAGUCUCACAGCAGAUAUACACCAUUGUUUGUGACAAUUGCCAGGUCAAUGAUGUUACAGUCACAGGGGUUGGCCAGCUGAUAGCUCUGGAGCUUUUGCAUGUUACGGGUGGAGAAAGCAGCCCUGAACCUGGCGAAGUUACUGAUGUCACAGCACAGCACCUCAUACGAUUUGACCCCCAAAACCCACACACCACUGAGGAGAAGAAUUUGGUUAUAAGAAACUCUACCCAUGUAGAACUUCCUUUCUACUGGCAGAUAAUAAAGCCUAAUCUGCAGCCAUCAGUGCCAGAAGAAGCUGCAGACUUCACAAAGAUCGAAUACAAAGGAGACACAGAGUCUGCCUUCUCCCUGAAUCCUGAGCAGGGAGUUUUGCUUCCCCAUGCUGAUCAUGAGUUUACUCUCACUUAUGCUCCACAGGAGCUGAAGACAUAUCACAGUGUGAUUCAGAUGGUUCUGAGGGACAUCCCAGAAUCACCUAGUUUAGUGAAAGAGGGAAUGCUUCAAAACAUCCCACAAUACAAGGCAGAGGAUGUAAUAGCGCUGGAAAUAGAAGUUAAAGGAUCAACAGAACCAUUUCAGCUUCUUCUGGAGCCGUACGCCAUUAUCAUCCCUGGAGAAAGCUUUAUGAGUGUAAAUGUCAGAAAAACAUUUAAGAUGUGGAAUAACAGCAAAUCAUUGAUCAAGUACACAUGGGAGAAAAUCACAGCCUGUGACAUUGUGGAAGUUGAACCUCAUACAGGUGUCAUAGAUAUGAAUAAAUGCUGUGAAUUUGAACUGACAAUUACUGGAGGCAAACCUGGGCGUGUCAGCCAUAACCUGCCGUGUAAAAUUGAACACUCUCCAGAGCCAGUCAUGCUGCAUGUUGAGGCUGCUUUCAAGGGUCCUCUUCUUUGCAUUGAUGUUCCAUCACUCCAAUUAGGCUUGAUUAAGUGGGGUGAGAGUGUGUUAAGAACCUUUGAGAUUAAAAAUCUGUGUCAGCUGCCAGCACGGUGGAGAAUGCAAGAAAGCCAGGUUUGUCUAGCUGAAAGAAAUGAAGAGGUAUCUCCCUUUACCAUUCAACCAUCUGCUGGAGAAAUACCUCCUUUGGGGACAUGCAGUGUGUCUGUUCAGUUCACAUCAGUGCUGUGCCAGCGUCUCCAGACAAUAUUAGAACUAGAGGUAGAAAACGGAGAAGGGAGUCAUCUUCCUGUUUUUGUUGAAGUUCAGACCCCCCAAGCGUGCCUGAUGUCUAGCCAUCUAGCACUCACUGAAAUUUAUACUGGAAUUCCUGUCAAAGCAACCAGCAAACUUUUUAACCAGACCCUGCUGCCAGCAAAAUACCUUUGGGGAAAGCUCAUUGGAAGUCAGGCAGCUUUCUGCUCUGCCACUGUGUCACCAGCCAGUGGCACCUUAGGUCCAAAUGAAGAAAAAGAAUUCUGCAUAGAACUGACGACUAACAUCACAGGUGAGCUGAAAGACCUUGUCAUUUCCUGUAGCAUAGAAGACAUGACUGAACCCCUCUUUCUGAGCAUUUCUGGCGAUGUAAAAGGACUGCAUGUCACCUACUCAGUACCGUGUGAAAGUGGAGCUGCCAGUGAUGGAAGACAAAUAUUACAAAGCCCAUGUGAUCUUCUCUUGGACUUUGGAUCUGAAGUUACAUUCAAAGACAUAGUAAAGCGUCAGCUGAUUCUUACCAAUCACACUGGAAUCAGUGCACCAUUUAAAUUAGAAGCUGAGUAUUUUACUGGCUUCUCACCUACUCCAGAAGAAAUCUGCCUCUCUUCAGGCUGCCUGGUGAAAAGGAGAGGGCCCAUCACAAAACAUGCAGCCAAAAGAGCACAGUCAGAGUUUGCAGCAGCACUGCUGUCUCAUGGGAAGGGAGUAGCUUUCCAUGUGCAACCUUCCUCAGGAACUCUGAAAGCCUUCCAGCAGCUAAUCAUAGAAAUAACAGCUUACAACAACAUGUGGGGAGAAUACCAUGAUGAUCUUGUCUGUAAGGUGGGAGACUUACAAACUAAAUUAAUUCCUAUGCAAAUGACUGUGAAAGGCUGUCCAAUCUUCCUGCAGAUGACAGGACCACAAACACAGCAACCCAUAAUCAGGUUUGGCACUCACGUUUCUGGAGGGUGUCCUGUCUUUCGGAGUGUCCGGCUCAACAAUCCUACUCCGUUUGACAUCCGCCUGGACUGGGAAAUUUACAACCAAGUAAAAGAUGAUAAAAAGCUGGUGGACCUGUUGAUGUUCUUUGGAGACCCUUUCCCUCCUAAGGACAUGGAUAAAAAUGAGACUGCAUCAACUGGUAGCAACUCGGAGUCAGAGAUCGCAUUAAAAUUGGAUCAACCCCCCAGUCCCUGUGGAAGCGUUUAUCCAGCCUUGCAAACCACCGAUGAGUCUUCAGACACAGACAGCGAAGAGAUCACUCAAGAACCCACAGUGCAGAAGAUCGUCUCUGUACUUAUACGGCCUCAUGAAGGGGUUCCUGCUAACAACCCCUACUCCAUCACUCCAAGACAGAUAGUGGUUCCAGGAGGUGGCAGCAUCUCCGUUUGCAUCUCCUUCACCCCUCAUGUCCUCCCGGAGAGCGGCACUGAAGUGCAAUGUGACGGGUUUCUGCUGGGAUUCAUGAGCCUAGACGACAAGCUCGCAAAGACAGUGCCUGACAAAGUCAACCGCAAACACGGCUACGAUGCUCCACCGUUACGAAUAGACCUGAGAGCCUCCGUAAGGCACGCUCUGUUAAAAGUAGACAUGGCUCAUGAUGGAGGAAUGAUGUUUUAUUCUAUGGCAAGUGAUCUCAUACCGGAUCAGCCUCUGUCAGGAGUUUUGACAGAUUCAGUAAUGACUCAGAGUUUGAAACUCAUCAAUUGCACUAAGGUUCCUCUGUACUUCAGGCUCCUUCUGUCUACGCCCUUCAGCCUGGCCAGCACAGAUCUCAAGAAGAGCACCAAAACAUCCCACAGCAAGAAGGAAGAAACAGAACAGCAACCGCAACUUGUACUUUAUCCCCAGCAAAACAUGCUGGUGAAAGUGUCAUUCCACACAACUCUGGAGUUGCUUACCUAUCAACAUUUGCCAGAUACCCAGAUGCUUCCUGGAUUCCAAGUGCUCCAGUUUGAGAACGGAGAGAGAAAUCUGAAGUUCAGUCAAAAUCUGGUCAUCGAGCAUAGUAACCACAGUACCCAGCUGGUCCCAGUGACUGCAUACCUUACUGUCCCAGUUCUGGAGCUGUCUUGCGACAUGCUUGAUUUCAAGACCUGCUUUGUUGCACAGACCAAGACUGAACAUGUCUUCCUGUCUAACAGGAGCGGCUGUAGAAGUUACUGGACUGCUUUGCUGGAUCAACAGAAAAGGCAUAAUAAUGACCUGGAAGUAUUUUCUGUCUCCCCUCCUAAUGGCAUUUUGGAGGCACAUGAAGGGGACCAACCUACCAAGGACGUUUUGCAGAUCACCUUUACUGCCAGGAAGGACAUCGAUUAUGAAGCCGUUGUAACCAUUAUGGGGAUGCUGGGAGAGAAGCCUUGCAAGCUGCAGCUCAGGGGAUGCGGCUCAUACGACGGAAAGUAUGAAGACCUGCAUUUGAUUUAAGCAGGACAGUGUGAAAGGGAUG